UGACCUAAUUUUAUCAUGUUUACAAAGUUCUCUGUCCACGUGAAAAGGGGAUGUUUUCAUGCGUUCAUAUAUAAACAAACGGCCUUCAAAGUUCAUUUAUUGUCUGAAGCUCUUCGAGUCAGUACCGUGUUCUUUAUCAAAGAAAGGAAAUUAAAUUCAAAAGACAUCAUGUUGGACAACGAGAUGUUAGUAGAUAGAUACCCAGACCAGCCCCAGUGUAGCCCGUUUGAGGCUUCAUCGUCUCUGGCCAUGCCCAGCAUACCCAAGGGCGGCGUUCUAGUCAGGGUCCAGUGUAUUGGAGCUUGCUCACCAGAAGGUCCAAUGAAGAGAAAGGAUCUACACCCGAUUUUACCAGGAAUGGAAAUAGCAGGUGAGGUGCAAGACGUGUGUCCCUCCCUGCCCAAUAGAAAUUUCAAUACAGGCGACAAGGUCAUCCUGUUUCUGGAUGACGACUUUGCUGAGAGUGGAUACCAGGAAUACAUAGCUGUUGACGAUACCGACAAAUGCCUACAGAUUCCAGGGUCCAUUCCACUGGAGGUAGCAGCCAUGUUGCCAGGAAGUGCCCUCUCCGCCUACAGUGCAGUGAUGAAAGCCAUACCUCAUAUUGAAAAAUUACAAGAAGUCAAAUCUGGAAUCAAUGUCCUGAUCGUUGGAGCCGGUGGAAUGGGCCUGUGGGCUGUAAGGCUAGCCAACUACAUGUUGUCCCAGUUCAGCCAGACCAACAUCAAACUGUUUGUGUCAGACAACAGCAUUGACAAACUCCUGACUGCCCUGGACCACAAUUGCUAUGACGUCAUCCAUUGGAAUGAGGAGGACCAUGAGCAAUACAUCAUAGAGAGGACGUUGGAAUCCUGCAAGGGAGGGGUAGAUGUUGUCAUUGACUUUGUCAGCUCACCCAGAACUGUUCAUCGCACACUCAAAAUCCUCAAUAGGGAGGGUUUGAUUUUGGUUGGAGGCAACACAAUGUCUGAAGUCAGCAUCAAUUUGAAUGUCCUGGCAGCCAAACAACAAAGCAUUGUAGGAAUUCCAAAAGGAACAUUGAAGCAGUUAAUGGAAUUGGUUGAUUUGGUGGCUGAGGAAAAGGUUAAGCCUCCAGCAUAUUCAAUCCACAACAUAGAGGAAGCUAAUCAAGUAUUUGAAGACCUUUAUCAGAGUAGGAUAACCGGUCGCGCCAUCUUAAAAUUGAACCACUCCCACACAACUGACAACUGAACUGUCACAUAUUGUCAGUGUGCCAAGACGGAUAGCAAUGCCAUGUGUUAUGAUGUAAUCAUCAUCAUCUGAACAAAGGCAUUGCUAACUUGCAACACAAGACUGUGUGUCCCUGAAUUUCUGAACUCACCAAGAGUUUGGGAGAACUUGAAUUCAGGCAGCCAUCCCUUCAUCCAAUCCAUGAUCUGCAAAGUAAUAUGGUGCUCUGAUAAACACUCAAAGUGGUCAAAAAGAUCACGUUAUUAGUUUACGACGACAUGUUUUGAAAGUGGACUAGACUAUAUAUGAAGGUGUUUUAAAAGGGGAGGAGACUUAAUGAUGCAAUGUUGUACCACUGGUGUUCAAGUUAUAUCCUGUCAGAGAUUUUGCAAACUGGGCUGGAUAGUAUAGAAUUAUUGAAAAAAAUCUCUGCUUAGAGUGCUCCUACGCCAUUGAUGGUCCAUUUAAAAAAUAUGGUGAACAUGGUCUCAGGUGACUUAAAGACCUGCUAUAAAUUGUUUUAAAUUAUAAUUUACUUGUUUGAAGCGGCAUUCUUUGGUAGCAUUAAAUGUGAUAUUGUGUGAGAUUUUUUUUUUCGUAAGGAGGGUGAAUCUAUGGAAUAUAUGCCGUUGGAGUAUAAGUGAUAUGAUGCCAGUAAAUUGUGUGCAUGUGUUAUGUUUUUGUUAUGGCCAAUUUGUCGUGUACAUAUAUAUGACUUUUUAUACUUAUUAAAAAUUCAUGAAACUUGA